CUUCAGUGUGGCUCCCUGCUGCUAACAAACGUAGAAGAAGAACAAGAACAGGAAAAAAACCCAAACGUGUAUCAGCUGAGUUGGAUGUAAAAUCUGUUUUUCACUCGUAGUUAUUUGACGCAGAUCGUUUAGAUGGAGAAUGACGUCCUCGUGUCUCUGGAGGAUUUGGGGUACCAAGGCCCCCUGUUGGAGGACGGAGCUCUGGAUUCUGCCGCCUCUGGAGGAGCAGCCUCUCCAGAGUUCACUAAGCUUUGUGCCUGGAUCGUCUCAGAGCUGAGGCUCUACCUCAGACUGGAGGAGAACGUCCACGCCACCAACUGUCCAAGCGAGGCAGAGGGCUUCCAACUGGAGAUGAGCGGUCUUUUGUCAGAGCUCGCCUGUCCUUACGCCGUCCUCACCAGUGGAGACAUCACCCAGAGGUUCCUCAGGAGGAUCGACUCUCUGCUGCUCCUCACCUUUUUAGUGUCAGAGCUGGAGGCGGCGAGGAUGAUUCUGGUCAGCAAACCUCAGCAGAAGGCUCAGGACUCUGGUAGCCCCGUCUUCCAGGAGCUGAAGGGCAUCUGCAUGGCACUGGGCAUGUCCAAACCUCCAGCUAACAUCACCAUGUUCCAGUUCUUCAGCGGAAUUGAGAAGAAGCUGAGAGAAGCCAUAAGUCGGGUCCCACCGAACCACGUAGGAGAGCCGCUGAUGAAGAAACAGCUCGGACCAGUUCACAUGGAGAAAAUAGAAGCUAUAAACCAAGCGCUUGUAAAUGAGUAUGAAGUUAGAAGGAAGAUGUUGUUGAAACGUCUGGACGUGACCGUUCAGUCCUUCAGCUGGUCGGACCGGGCUAAGACACGUUCUGAGAAGUUGGGUAGAGUCUACCAGCCGCUGCGCUCUGCCCUCGGCGCCAGAAGUAAAGUCUCUGUAGCACAUCUUCUCGCUGCUCGACAAGACUUCUCCAAGAUUCUUCGCACAAGCAGCGGCAAAAUCCGAGAGAAGACGGCAUGUGCCAUUAAUAAGGUUCUGAUGGGCCGGGUGCCGGACCGGGGAGGCAGACCCUGCGAGAUCGAGCCGCCGCCUCCAGAAAUGCCCUCCUGGCAAAAGCGUCAAGAUGCCCCCCAAGGAGGAGGACACUACAGUGGGGGGCACGGAGGUAGCAGGGGGGGCUACGAUAACUACUCCCAAGGUGGCCGUGGAGGCUACGAGAGAGGAGGUGGAGGAGGAUACGAUGACAGGGGUGGCAGAGGUGGACGAGGUGGGAAAGUGCAGGGAGGUUGGGUAGACGGGGGUGGCAGGGGGGCUUAUAACCAGGGUCACUAUCAGGAUGCAGGAGGUCAUCAUGGGCGAGGAGGGAGAGGAGGAUAUGCAGGUGGAGGCAACAACCAGGGAGGCUUCCAGGAUCCUGGCUACACUGGAGGAGGUGGAGGUUACCAAAACAGUUAUAACCAAGAGGGGGGCUGGCAUCAGGAAAGAGGCGGGGGUCGUGGAGGUCGGGGGGGUAGAGGAAGAGGAGGCAGAGGUGGCUGGGGAAGCAGAGGGGGGCAGAGUUUUAAUCAAGGAGGGCAGUUUGAACAGUUCUUCCAACAUGGAGGACAGCAGUUCAACCAGGCUGGCUUCAACCAGGGCCGAAACUUCACCAGCUGAAGGAGACGUCACAGCAGAGAUCACAUUCACUCAGUCACAAACUCAUGGAACAGGUUGUGUCACCUUCGACAGUCCGCCCAAAUGUUGAUGAGGAGCUCAGACGUUCAUACACUCAUUCAUUCAUCUCUACAGACUGUUAAGGAACCCCAGUUCCACAUAAAUCACCUUUUGUUUUUUUGCCUGAGUUUUCAAGCCCAACUGCCUUGUUGGAAACGAGUCAAUGAGCUGAACUCUGCUGUUCGGACCUCAUCGCAACACUUAAUCAGCCUUAUUAAGAAUUGUUCAUUAAAGCAUAAACUUCCUUAUCCCAGCGUUGGUCCACCUGCUGCUCGCUGGAUUUGGUGAUUACUUGAAACCGGCAAACAUUUUCCAGUUCUCAUGUUUUCUUAGUGUGUGUGACAUAUUUAAAUUUGCCUUGUUGCUCACGAAGAGCUGUAGCUGUUGGAAGGUUUGCAUGGAUGAGUGAAUAAGCAAUAAAAGUCUGUUCUAACGUU